AUGGCCACUGUUUCCACCGAAGCACUUACAAACACUGCGGCUCACCUCCACACACCGCAGGUUCACCUCCAAACACAGCAGGUUCACCUCCAAACACUGCAGGUUCACCUCCAAACAAACACCGCAGGUUCACGUCCAAACACUGCAGUUAACCUCCAGACACCGCGGUUCACCUCCAAACACUGCGACUUACCUCCAAACACCACAGGUUCAGCUCCAAACACAGCAGGUUCACCUCCAAACACUGCGGCUUACCUCCAAACACCACAGGUUCACCUCCAAACACUGCGGCUUACCUCCAAACACCGCAGGUUCACCUCCAAACACAGCAGGUUCACCUCCAAACAAACACCACAGGUUCACGUCCAAACAUUGUGGUUCACCUCCAGACACUGCGGUUCACCUCCAAACACCACAGGUUCAUGUCCAAACACAGCAGGUUCACCUCCAAACACUGUGGUUCACGUCCAAACACUGCAGGUUCACCUCCAAACAAACACCGCAGGUUCACCUCCAGACACCGCAGGUCACCUUCAGACACAGCAAGUUCACCUCCAGACACUGCAGCUUACCUCCAAACACCGCAGGUUCACCUCCAGACACAGCAGGUUCACCUCCAAACAAACACAGCAGGUUCACCUCCAAACAAACACAGCAGGUUCACCUCCAAACAAACACAGCAGGUUCACCUCCAAACAAACACAGCAGGUUCACCUCCAAACAAACACAGCAGGUUCACCUCCAGACACAGCAGGUUCACCUCCAAACAAACACCACAGUUCACCUCCAGACACCGCAGGUUUACUUCCAGACACCGCAGGUUCACCUCCAGACACCACAGCAGGUUCACCUCCCAGGUUCACCUGCGAACACCACAGUUCACCUCCAGACACCGUGGCUCACCUCCUGACACCACGGCUCACCUCCAGACACCGCAGGUUCACCUCCAGACACAGCAGGUUCACCUCCAGACACCGCGGCUCCCCUCCAGACACUGCAGGGUCACCUCCAGACACUGCGGCUCGCCUCCAGACACCGCGGCUCGCCUCCAGACGCCGUGGGUUCACCUCCAGACACAGCAGGUUCACUUUUCUCCAGGCAGUUUGUUUAGGGCUUUGACAUCAGGAAGUUCCUUUUGCUUUUCCGUAUUUCUUUCUGUUCUGCAACCAUAAGAAUUGCCCACAUUUUUGCCCUACAGACUGCUGAGUGCCUCAACAUGGCCAUGAAAUCUCUUGUUAGCUGUCUCCUCUAUAAAGAUUCUCAUGCUUUUCCAGGCAUUUAAAAAUAUUUACUGAGGCCAGGUGCAGUGGCUCACUGUAAUCCCAGCACUUUGGGAGGCCAAGAUGGGUGGAUCACUUAAGGUUAGUAGUUCAAAACCAGCUUGGCCAACAUGAUGAAACCCCGUCUCUACUAAAAAUACAAAGAUUAGCUGCAUGCUGUGGUGAGCGCCCGCAGUCCCAGCUGCUCUGGAGGCUGGGGCAGGAGAAUCACUUGAACCCAGGAGGUGGAGGUUGCACUGAGCUGAGAUCGUGCUGUUGCACUCUGGCCUAGGCCACAGAGUGAGACCCUGUCUCAAAAAAAAAAAAAAAUUACUGAAUAUGUGUCACAUGUAAAGCAUUGUGCUAGGUGUUUUAGUUGCUAAAAUGACAGUCAUAGAGUCUGUCCUCAAUAUGUCACAGUUUAGUAGGACAAAGAUCUGUCUUGCAUUAGCUAGGACAAGGUGAAAUGGCUGCUGCAGAGUCCUGACCAGGUCCCAGCACCAACCAGAUGCAGUGCAGGUCUGGGAGGUGUUUGGGGGCCUGAGCUGUGCGCCGGGGGUUACCAAAGCCCAGGUCCUUCCCGUCCUGUUCUCACCACAGCCCAGGUGGGGUGUGGCCUUUGCCUCUGCAGUUGAAGCUGGGUCUCUACCGUAUUGGGGCUCAGCUGGGGCAGUCAGAUGGAGCUGGUAGGUGUGCAGGCCUGGGCAUGGCACACAUCAUGCUUGCUUCUGUUCCUGUGGCAGAAACUUAGUGAGAUCCCUGGGGGUGGGAUUGUGCAAUCUGGUUGUGUGUCCAGAAGCCAGGACAGGGGGAGGAUGGCUCUGGAGGACAAGUCACACUCUCCACCACUGACAGAACUGAGGAGCCUGGAAUGAAAGUGCUGAGGACGCUGAGGCUCUCAGAGGCAGCAUUCCAGGGACCCGUGGGAACGGGAGAUUUUGGUAACUCAGGGGAGACAUGAAUGAGAGCAGGAACAUGCAAGGGUGGGGUCGGGACUCGGGCUCCUGCAGCUGGGCAAGGCUGAGAGGACUGUGGCAAUGGCCAGGACAGGGACGGGGAAAGGGAGACCUCCGUCUUGUGGAGUGAGGACUUUGUGAAGAGGGUGAUUCAUUUCCCAGGGCUGCUAUGACAAAGGGCCACAGCAGGUGGCUUAAAGCAUCAGAAACCUGUUCCCUCUCAUUUGUGGAGGCCAGAAGCCGGCAAUCAAGGUGUGUGUGGGCAGGGCUGCGUUCUCUCCAAAGCCCCCACGGAAGGUUCUUCCUCACCUCUCCCAGCUUCUGGUGCCAUGGGCAGUCCUCCGCUUGGGGUUUCUCUGCCCACGUCUUUGCAGCGUGGCUGUCCUCUGCAUCUGUGUCUGUAUCUCCGUGGCCUUCUCCCCGUGCCCGUCUCCUCUUCUUAUAAGGGCAGUUGUGCUGGAUAUAUCUGAGUGGGGCCCCCCGGUGAAGUAUGACCCCAUCCUAACUUGAUGACACCUGCAGAGACCCUAUUUCCAAAUUAAGUCGCAUUCCCAGGGAACUGCAGUGAGGAGUUUAACAUCUUUUGCAGGGACAAACGUAAACCCUCAACAAGAGGAGAGCGGACUUCAGGCGGGAAGGACGGUUGACAGGCAAACCUGUGUUCGCGGCUGAGGAGUUCAGACUGUGCUCCUUAGGCCACGGGCUCUCAGUUCUGACCGUUCAUCAGAACUGCCUAACAAGCUUCUUAAGAUGCAGACAUCAGAUUCCACCCAAACUUACGGAAUUGGUCGUCCUAGGAUGUGAAACCUUUAAAGCUCCAUGGGUUUCCGACACGUAGCCUGGGUUGAGAGCCACUGCUCUGGCUAGUGAGCGCCUCGGGAGAGGUUUUCAUUUCUUGUGAUACCAGUUUUAGGACAGCCUGCAGCUUUGAGCAAAUACACCAUAAAUAACAUUAUGACAUAAUAUCACAGUACAACAUAAAUACAUACUUAUAUGCGUUUUCUAAGUUGCCAUCGUAAAAGGUGACCCUUUGAGUUGAGCAUAAUCCUCAAGAUGCUGGGGGACGACUGCUCAUCCUGCUCCCUGUGCGUCCUCGGGGAAUGCAGGACAGGCUCGUGGUCCUUCUCCUGGAGCCAGAACUGCUCGUGGUCCCCUGUUGAGUCUGUGGUCUGUUAAAACUCCUCCCACAUCUUCUGCACAUGGGGGGCUAAUAAAUCUAGGA